AUGCUCACGAUCCAAUGCUCGACCAUUCUCUCUUCGAAAUCUACACAAGGCAUAAUCAAUGCAUCCGAAUCGGCUUCAUCGACUUCGAUUCGGCGGCGGGGAAAAAAUGCUUCGUCAACGGGGACGCUGAGCAAACGCUCCACUCAGCAGCAUGCGUACAUUCAGCAAUGCGUCUACCGUAUCUCUGCGCCCGUUACCGCGUUCAAGAUUCACGACCCGGACCCCAACGCCGUCGAUGGAGGUCAUAUCCUCGGCCUACGAUUCGAAAUCAUGUCGCGCGGGCAGUUUCUCAGACCCUACUACGUGAUGCUCAACCGCCCCUUCUCCGGGUCAAAGCACCUGCGCGUCCAUCGCCAUACAGUGCCGCCGGCGGUGCCGCUAGCAGGCCUCGCCGCGCGGCAUCUACCAGUGCCGAAAGCCAACGACGAUGGAGAGGAUGGGUCAGCGCGUGGCCAGGACCUAGAUCGCUUCGUCCGGACGCUGCGAAGAGAGAUCGUGCGGUACCACAAUCGCUUGGGCGUGUCAGCAGAUCUGCGCAGACGCCUGGGUCUGCACGACACGUCGAAGACCACUUCGUCGGCAAAUGCCAUUGUCGAGGUGGGAAUUGCAGACAUUGAGGCCAAGCAGAUCAAGGUUACAUGGGCCGAUGAGAGAAGCGGCCGAUUAAUCAUGGAUGACGACGGCAAUGUGCAGAGGCUAGUAGUCUUCGGCAGCCAAAGCCGCGACUGGGAAACCACCAAGGAGCUGUUUGGAAAAUACGACCGCAUGGAAGACAUCGCCCAGAGACUAGAAGAGCACAGCGCAGCCGGCUGA